AUGUGCGGAGGAACACCGGCGUGUGCUGCGGCUUGUGGAUUUUUUCGUGCCCUCUGCCGGACAGUAGUUGACAGUGCAGACAUCAUGGCGGCUCCCUUUACGACACUGUGCGUUUCAGUUCUGAGACACGGCAGAAGACAUCUGACCACAACAUGCAACCUACAGGCUGGACAAAAAUUCAGGAGAGAAAAUGGACUUUCACGCACCGGCUCUGAGUUCGGACCCCUUACAGAUCUUCCAGACUGGUCUUUUGCAGAUGGCAGACCAGCUCCUCCACUGAAAGGCCAUCUAAGGAGAAGGCAGGAAAGAGAAACCCAAGCUAGACGUAUUGCGAUGCUGAGCUCGGAGAUGGACGGAGGGGUCGAGGCGUGGGCACAGAAACAGGAAGAGGCCAAGCGACUGGAGGAGCACAGGAAGUCUCAGAUGCAGCAUUUCUACAACAGCAAAGACUCGGGUCCUAAACGCCAUUUUGUCUGGUGCCUCACAGUGGAGUGUUGA